ACACACACACACACACACGCACACAAACGAGCCGCACCAGUGGCGGUGACGUAAGGCAAACGCACUUCAUUCUUCCAGUUGCUGGGAAGCGAACUGUCCGCGCUCCCUGACGAAGAACACAGGUAGUGGGCACAAAGAAAGUCUCCUCUAAUGGGUUUCAAGAUGCCAGAAGCAACAGAUAACCGAACACAGACUCCUCGUGUUGGGGAAGGAACUGCGUAACCGUUUAUGAUAUAAAGCAGUACACCGAGAGACACGAUUUUCACAAUAUGGAGAAUAUCUCAAACUCCGUCAAGACAAACUCUCAAUGCAACUUUAGCGUGUACUUUUAUUACUACAGUUCUGCCAACCGGUCCGAUUUAAACUGUACGCCACCGGCUGACUAUUUCUUUUACGCAGAUCUGUACGUAGUUCUCCCGGUUAUUUACUCCGUGAUAUGUGCAGUGGGAUUAACGGGCAACACAGCAGUUAUCUAUGUCAUACUGAAGGCUCCUAAAAUGAAGACAGUCACUAACAUGUUUAUUCUGAACUUGGCAAUUGCUGAUGAUCUUUUCACAUUAGUUUUGCCCAUUAACAUUGCCGAGCAUCUCCUGCACUACUGGCCGUUUGGUGAAGUGCUCUGCAAAAUUAUUCUGAGCAUUGACCACUACAAUAUUUUUUCAAGUAUAUAUUUUCUCACGGUUAUGAGCAUUGACCGAUACCUGGUAGUACUUGCCACGGUGCGCUCAAAACGCAUGCCAUAUCGCACAUAUAGGGCAGCCAAAAUAGUCAGCCUGUGCGUUUGGUUGCUGGUGAUUCUCAUCGUAGUGCCCUUUACAGUGUUUGGAGGAGUUUACAUCAGCCCGGACGACACCGAGAGAAAAAGUUGUGUUCUAAGUUUUCCCAGCCCAGAAGGUUUAUGGUUCAAAGCAAGCCGGAUUUACACACUCUUACUGGGUUUUGCCAUUCCCGUCUCCACUAUCUGCAUACUCUACACUAUGAUGCUGUACAGAUUGCGCAACAUGAGACUGAACACUAAUGCUAAGGCGCUGGAUAAAGCUAAAAAGAAAGUGACCAUCAUGGUGUUCAUCGUACUGGCCGUUUGUUUGUUCUGUUGGACUCCAUUCCAUCUCAGCACCAUCGUAGCUCUUACCACGGAUCUGGGCACCACACCAGUUGUCAUCGGUAUUUCCUAUUUUAUCACCAGUUUGAGUUAUGCGAACUCCUGUCUAAACCCAUUCCUGUAUGCUUUCCUGGAUGACAGCUUCAGGAAAGCUUUUAAAAAGAUGCUAGAAUGUAGGGCUGGAUGAACCUAGAGCACAAGCUGCAAUGUUGUCUCUUCGAAGAGUGUAGUUGCCGCAGAGUAAAAUCACACAGCCGGCUUUAGCUGAUAGACUGUGCAAGUGGACGUGGCAUUGAAGGUCAGCAUUUGUCUCCCUCUUGUGCCAAUUAUGUGAACCUCUCCUUUAUCUACAAAUGCUUCUUCUUUAGUUUCUGUUAUAUUGCUAUACAACCAUUAAGGUAAUAAAAUAUCAUUGUCUAAACAUGAGGAACGAUUAAAUGAAAAUGCACAUGUGUACAUCUGUAUAAAUGUGUUUAUUUGGAACUGUUGUCAUGUAAACUUCAUUUGUAAACUUGUGUAAUUUCAAUAAAUCUUAAAAAAUCGAUGACCAAAUAUUGUGCCCAAAGUAUACUGGAAUUCACACAGAAAUAAAGCUUUCUAAAGGUUUCAAAGAUGUAAUUUCUCACAUUUUCACACUUUGAAGCAUGCAGUUCUUGGUGUUUCACCUUUGUUUUAUAUUAAAUAUUGUUGAUAUUGUUUGGAUUCAUUUGCUUUGCUGACAGUUGUGUAGGUCAAUAAUAAGAAAAAAUGUUGCAGUAUUGAUGUUUUAAAGUUUUGGUUUUUCUUUAUU